CCAACAUUAAUCAUACGAAGAAGAAGAAAAAUAAUAAUAUCAGAAUUGAAGGCUUGCUUGACCGCAGUUAACAAUGCCACAAGCUUGUGCAGCAUUUGGCUGCAGCAAUCGACGAACGGUCGAAAAUAGAGGCCGUGGAAUAACUUUUCACAAGUUCCCAAAGGAACCGGGAGCAAGAAGAACGUGGGCCAAAGCUCUCCGAAGGCGUGAGUUCACGCCCAGUGACACAACAGUUGUGUGUAGUUCUCAUUUCCUUCCAGAAGAUUUUGACAGAACUGGACAAACUGUCCGUUUGAAGGAAGGUGUGGUCCCUUCAGUGUUUGCUUUUCCAAAUCAGCUGAAUAGAGUGCCCAAUAAAGCUACGUCAACCAGGACAUCACUACAGGCCUGUGAACCAAGUUAUGAUCCUGUACCUGUGUCUGAUGUUCCAGAACCGCCAAUUCCAGCAAACUUGGAUCAUCCUUAUGCUGUUGACCCUGACCACGUUAAAGAUAAAUUAACUGAGGCCCAAAGAAGAGCUUAUGAGCUGCAGAGGCAGCUGAGAAAUGCCAAGGAUCAUGAGAGAAGAACUAAAAGAAUUGCGGCGUCCCUGGUAGAUGAGUUAAGAGAGAAAAAUCAACGAUCAACGACACAGAGAGUGGCCUCGUGCUGGACGAGGGCUGGCCAACCACCGUCAAGAGAUCUAUCCCCUUCUUCAAAGACUGCGGCGAGGACGACGUGUGCACCACCGACCUGGUUCUGCAGGUUCACAUGGACAUCUCUGGCACGGGGUAGGACCAGACUCCUCCUCCCCCUGGGUUCACUCUGCAACACACUCACACCACUGUCUUAUCACACCUCACGUGGCAGUCUCAGCAUCACUGUGUUCAUGUCAUAUUGAAUAGUAUCGUGUUGUUGUUGUUGUUGUUGAUCAGACUCUCCUCCUUCAGACAACAGCCCUACGUGAUCCGCAGUCCUCGGAGGCGACUGGUUGUGGAGGUGCAACUGCAAAACAGGCUGGCUACAAUACCAGCCUCACGCUGCACUACUGACGCAACCCUCACUUCUCCAGUCUCAGCAUACGGGUGAACUUCAUGUUGGAGUUUGAGUUCAGCUGCACACAGUUGCUCAGUGAAGUGCAGAUUAAACUCCAUGCUGCUAGGUAUACCUAGUUUCUUCACACUUCUACAGAGUAUCGCACAACGUGAGUCUGGUUGUCUGUGUGUGUGCACCCCGUGAUCCCUCGCGAGCACCAGACCUCCACGAGUCCUCCCGUGCUCCCUGGCCCUGGACUUCCUCUCGAGCCCUGCCCACAGACCAUAGACCUUUGCGCUUCUCCCCGGAUUCCUCUCCGAGCUUCCCAUCCCUGGACCUGGCCCGGACCAUUGACUCUCUGCACGGACAUACUUCCAACACCCGCUGCCCAUACUCCAUUUACUUGCCACACAGUCUCCAUUACAUAGCACCUUACACAUAGAUAGAUAGAUAGAUAGAUAGAUAGAUAGAUAGAUAGAUAGAUAGAUAGAUAGAUAGAUACACAUUCCAUAUCCUGGCCUCGAUGCACCACACUCUCCCACACAGUCCCUCCCCUUUUGUAAAUAAAUAUACUGCUGAAGGCUAAAGAUU